GGUUUUCAUUUCUUUGCAUAGACUUGUUUCACCCAAAAUCAAUUGUUGAAGAUCUGUCAGUUACCUCUGGUGGUCCUGAUCCACGUUCUGACCUUGCCUACGAAAAAAAUGGUAUGAAACUACUUUCGUUUCUGUCAGACUUUAGGCAAAAGCAUCACGAAGUCGUUGGUAGGUAAGGUAUCGACGACGAUUGAUGUUGAUGCUGACAUAAUAUCCAUCCGUCAAUCGGGUGCUCAACUUUUAAUGAAGGAACUUAGUUGGGCUGCACACCUAGGCUUGCCUGCCGUUAUCGUCAGAGUUAAUCGCCCAACCAGUCCUAAUCUGGCCAGGUUACUAAUAAAUUUCAUACGCGGAGAAUAUACCCCGAUUAAGGUAUUUACUGUGGUCAAGUUAACAUUUUAAAAGAUAUGGCUAGUAUUUCCAAUGGUAAUCAAUUUCAACAGCUCUAAUGAAAGUGAGUGGAAUUUCAGAUCAUUCAUCCCAAUUUUAUGUAAGGUUUUCAUAUCCACGCGUAGUUAUUAUAAAAAUUUAAAGUUUGACGGCAAUUUAGUACUACAAAUAAUUUCACAGUUCAUAGGAAAGCAUCUUAACCUACGUGUUAUUUACUCAACAAAUGAUUAAAAAAAUGUGAUUGUUUGAAUUUGAAAUUUUAAAGCCAAAGGCUUUGGUCUCUGGAGCUUUCUAGAUAAAAAUAAAGCUUAUAACUAUUCCUUAUACUCAGACUAGCGCGUAGCACCAAGUAAUUUGGUCACUGAAUGUAAGAAUAUACUAUAUUAAUAAAACCUGAGGGAACUACUUAACACUACGAGUUUACAUAUUAAGUUUAUCAUAACAGCACCCAAAUAAAAAAAUCAACAAAUGUAAUGUUAAAGUAGACAACAUAAGCAUAACAAAAGAAAACGUUGGAGUAAUCACUAUUUAUAUAAUAAAGAGUUAAUCCCUUGCUAUUGCGAUUGAUUCUUCGCUAUACCAAAUAGCCCCUUGCUGUAAAGCUUGGUAGUUCGAGAAUCUUUCACAAAGUAGUCUUCUUACCUAGAUAUUCUUAAUAACUUAUAGGUUGUCCGGCAGUUGUUUUUCAUUUCACCAGGUAUUAAAUUUAAGUGGUACAUUGUUGUAUUGGGCUCCAUCUCGUCCUUAUCAUUCAUAAAAUAACUUGCUACUAGUUUUCAUUAUCCCAGCUAAUGCAACUUACUUAAAGUUUUUAAAGUUUAUUCAUGCUGUUUAUACUUCGUCGUUGCGGCGAAUUUAUCGAUAUGAUUUAUUCCAGUGAGUAAAGUGGAAAACAAGGAAUCAACGCCGGAUGAAUUAUCAUUCUGUUCACCCUGGCACUGGUGGCUAAAUCUAUCUACCAUGACAGCUGAUAUCUCAGACGCUCUUGGCAUUGUUCUUGAGAUACCAAAUGACCUACCCAACGAGUCAGUGAUUUCAAGAUGGUUUAGUGAGCCUGUGGUUUGUUUGUUGAUUGAUACACAGCUGUUCCUGACCAAUUCCAAGGGCUACCCUGUACUACCAAAGAGUCAUCAGUAUAUCAUCAACCGGUUCUUCAAGCUGAAUGUACAAAUUGUACUGACUGGUGCCUGUCGAAAUGAUAAAGGUUAUGCAGCCUAUCAACAAUAUAUUGCAUGGCUUUGGCAAUCUCAAGAUGCUCCUGACUUGUAUGAAGAACAAUCAAAGGGAUUAGAAGAUCAAUUACAGGAACCUUUGCAACCACUUCGUGAUAACUUAUCUUCUACAACAUAUUCAAUUUUCGAAAUGGAUCCGUUUAAAUAUCAAGCGUAUGAAACUGCAAUUUACAAAGCUCUUUGCGACCGUUUAUCUAAAUAUAAUGAAUCGAAUACAGUUAAAGAAAAAUGUCUCACCAAGACUUCACAAUCAUCACAAAGUAAAGAGCAUUUAAACGCUUUUAUCAAUCAUAAUUCAAAUAUUUGUCAAGUAGUUAUGGUAUUGGGUGCAGGUCGUGGUCCCCUUGUCAAUGCGACUAUAAAUGCUGCUGAAAGAGCUCAAUGUAAAGUUCGGAUAUAUGCAAUUGAAAAAAAUCCAAAUGCAUUGUGUACAUUACGUUCUAGGAUAAAUCAUGAAUGGCAAGGAUUAGAUGUACAACUAAUUGAAGGUGAUAUGCGUAAUUUAAAAACACCAGAAAAAGCUGAUAUAUUUGUCAGUGAACUACUUGGUUCAUUUGGUGAUAAUGAAUUAAGUCCAGAAUGUUUAGAUGGUGCACAACCAAUGCUAAAAGAUGAUGGAAUUAGUAUACCAUGUUCCUACACAUCAUAUGUUGCUCCUUUACAGUCCUUACAAAUAUAUAAUGAAACUAGACGAUCUAAAGAUGUGACCAAUAGAGUCGGGCAUUCCAUGGAAACACCUUAUGUUGUUCGACUUCGUAAUUGUCAAAUAUUGAGUUCACCUCAACCAGCUUUUACAUUUGAACAUCCAAAAAAAGAAUCGAAUCAGUCGAAUGCACGUGAAGUGUGUUGUAGCUUUAACAUUCAACAAGAUGCCGUUGUACAUGGAAUUGCCGGUUAUUUCGAAGCAAUUCUCUAUAAGGACGUAACACUCAGUACACAUCCGGACCGUCAUAGCCCUCAAAUGGUAUCUUGGUUCCCAUUGGUAUUCCCAUUCGAGUAUCCAAUCCAUGUUCGUUCUAAAGAUAAGAUCACCUUGUAUCUCUGGCGUAAUGUAAGUAGUCGGUAUGUGUGGUAUGAAUGGGUACUAACAGAACCGCGACCUACAAAAAUUCACAAUGCAGCUGGUCAUGUUUACAAAAUUGCACUUUGAUUAUCAUAUGUGAAAGACUGAGCUAUUACUUUUUUAAACAACUUUGUACAGACAUAAAAAUUGUUUGUCAAUAAAACUAUGUUUGCAUUAUAUUUUAAUCAUAAUGAAAUAAACAGCUUUCGAG